AUGGAUAACUCGAGCGUAAAAAGACCCUCGAGGGAUGCCGAAAAGUCCGGUCCCGAACGCGAGUUCUAUCGCACCGAGACGAUCCAGAAUGGCGACCAGAUGCCGUCCGUCGCUGAGGAAACACACCGAGGCUUCAAGCCCCGUCACACUCAGAUGAUUGCCCUCGGUGGCACGAUUGGUACCUCGCUCUUCCUCGGGACCGGCCAGACACUUCUAGUUGGUGGCCCGGCCUACUUUAUCACCGCAUACAUCGCCCUGUCCUUCGUCAUCUACGGUGUCAUGACAGGCAUGGCUGAGAUGGCCACCUUCCAUCCGGUGGCCGGCUCCACCAUGAGCUUUUAUGGAAACAAAUAUGUCUCCCGAAGCCUUGGUCUCGCCAUGGGUUACCUUUACUGGUAUACCCUUGGCGUACUGGUCCCGUAUGAGCUUGUCGCAUCCUCUAUUCUUAUCGACUACUGGGGCUCCAACAUUAGCCCGGCGGUCUGGAUCACGGUGAUUCUCGUCAUCAUCGUAUCGGUCAACGCCAUGCCAGUUCAAUACUUUGGCGAGUUUGAGUUUUGGGCGGCUGGUAUGAAGGUCAUCUUGAUCGUCGGCCUCAUCAUUCUAUCUAUCGUCCUCUUCUUCGGCGGCGACCCGACACACGAUGCCCUAUAUUUCCGUUUCUGGAAGGAUCCCGGAGCCGUGAAUACAUAUAUCGUCGACGACGGGGUGGGAUACUUUAUUUCCCUCUUGCAGUCCUUCGUCCUCGCUUCCUUCGCCUUUGUGCUCGCGCCGGAGCAGCUUAUCGUCACGGCUGGCGAGAUGCAGAACCCUCGACGAAACCUACCUCGAGCCGCACGCCGAUACCUAUGGAGAUUCAUCAUCCUAUACAUCCCGGCUGUUCUCGGUAUCAGCGUUAUCUGUGCCUCGGAUGACCCGAUGCUUGGUAAAUCUGGGGCAUCAAGUUCGCCAUUCGUCAUCGCCAUCAAGAAUGCCAAAAUCCCAGUUCUCGAUAGCAUCGUUAACGCGAUGAUCGUACUCUCUGCAUCGACAGCUGGUAACGCCUUCCUUUAUUCCUCUUCUCGAAACCUAUACUCGCUCGCGGUUGCCGGAAACGCGCCUGCGAUAUUCAAGCGAUGUAACAAACAUGGUCUUCCUUAUGUGGCUGUGGCUGCCAGUGCGUCUUUGAGUGUGCUGGCGUAUCUCAGUCUAUCGGAGACGAGUUCGUCUGUGUUCACUUGGCUCAUCAGUCUAACGAACACCUCCGGCUAUCUCAGCUGGAUGUGCUCUGGCGUCAUUUAUAUUCGCUAUCAGAAGACGAUCCGUUACCACGGGCUUCAGCCGCCAUUUCGAUCCCGCGUCCAGCCCUGGGGGAUGCAUGCCGGAACUAUCACUUCUACCCUCCUCCUCCUCUUGAAUGGCUUUACAGUUUUCUUCCCGUCGAAGUGGUCUGCUGCCUCUUUCCUUACCAGCUACAUUGGCAUCGCUGCGUUUCUUUGCAUCUGGCUCGGCCACAGAUUUUAUCACUGGAGUGAUCCCUGGUUCAGACGACCCGAAGACAUCGACAUGAGGGAAGGGCUGGAUGAAGCUUUGGAAACCGAACAUCCGAUUCCGAACAGAAGUAAAUUUUUGCGAGCUAUUCAUGCCCUCUACGAGUAA